AAACACUUGGGCAUACGUUGUUCUCAUCUGCAGAUAUCGCCAACACAUCUAUUCAAGUAUUUAUUCACCUAACCGGCCGGAGGGGAGAUCUUUGUGCCGCGCCGUACCUACGCGCGCCGGACAGGAGCCAGCAUGACCGUCGGCGGCGAGGCCACGGGAGACGGGCAGACGGUGUGCGUGACCGGCGCCGGCGGCUACAUCGGGUCUUGGAUCGUCAAGCUCCUGCUGGAGAAGGGGUACGCCGUGCGAGGCACCGUCAGGAACCCAGAUGACGCGAAGAACGCGCACCUGAGGGCUCUCGCCGGCGCGGCGGAGCGGCUGGUGCUGUGCAAGGCCGACCUGCUCGACGGCGACGCGCUGCGCGCCGCCAUCGCCGGCUGCCACGGCGUCUUCCACACCGCCUCGCCGGUCACCGACGACCCGGAGGAGAUGGUGGAGCCGGCGGUGAGGGGCACGCGCUACGUCAUCGACGCCGCGGCCCAGUCCGGCACGGUCCGCCGCGUCGUGCUCACGUCGUCCAUCGGCGCCGUCGCCAUGGACCCCAGCCGCGACCCGGACGCCGUCGUCGACGAGUCCUGCUGGAGCAACCUCGAGUUCUGCAAGAAGACCAAGAACUGGUACUGCUACGGGAAGACGGUGGCGGAGCGGGAGGCAUGGGAGGCGGCGGCGGCGCGCGGGGUGGACCUAGUGGUGGUGAACCCGGUGCUGGUGCAGGGCCCGGCGCUGCAGCCGGCGGUGAACGCCAGCCUCACGCACGUGCUCAAGUACCUCGACGGCUCCGCCAAGACGUACGCCAACGCCGUGCAGGCGUACGUGCACGUCCGCGACACCGCCGCCGCGCACGUCCUCGUCUUCGAGGCCCCCGCCGCCGCCGGGCGCUACCUGUGCGUGGCCGACGGCGCCGUGCUCCACCGGGAGGACGUGGUCACCAUCCUCCGCAAGUUCUUCCCCGAGUACCCCAUCCCCAGCAGGUGCUCUGACUCGGUGAACCCGAGGAAGCGGCCGUACAAGAUGUCGAACCAGCGGCUCCGUGAGCUGGGCCUCGAGUUCACGCCGGUGGCACAGUGCCUCUACGACACCGUCGUCAGCUUCCAGGAGAAGGGCAUCCUCCCGGUCCCUCCUGCCCCGGCACAGCCGGCGAUGAAAGAGAUCAACUGAAAGUGUGGUACACUACAGUACUUCUUAUAGCAAUCCAGAAGCAUCCAUCCAUCCAUGGAUCAUGGGUGAAAGCCUUCAGCUAUGUAUUGCCGUAUUGGCAUGUCAUUCUGCUGUCAGCUAGCUGUUGCUCCAACAGUUUGAACUUUAAUUGGCAUGCAGUUAUGUUCUCCGAUUUAGAUAGAGGAAGGGGUUGAAAUCUUGAAAUGGGGUGUCGUGCAUACUCGAGAAUUUACGACUCGCUCCGGAUCCUUCGAAUCGAAUUGAGUUGCUCAA